AUGUCGACUCCACCGACCCUCCCCGUCACCAAUCAACAACAACCUCAGCCACCAAUCAACACCCCCGCCUUCCGCACCUUCUUCUCCCGCCUCUCCACCUCCAUCCGCGACGGCUUAUCCCAACGCCGCCCCUGGGCCGAGCUCGUCGACCGAAGCUCCAUGGCCCGACCCGAAUCCCUCACCGACGCUCUCUCCCGGAUCCGCAAGAAUCUCGCCUACUUCAAGGUGAACUACGUGGCCAUCGUCUCCCUCGUCCUCGCCUUCUCCCUCUUCUCCCAUCCUCUCUCCCUCCUCGUCCUCCUCGGCCUCCUCGCCGCGUGGAUGUUCCUCUACCUCUUCCGUCCCUCGGAUCAGGCCUUGAUCGUGAACUACGUGGCCAUCGUCUCCCUCGUCCUCGCCUUCUCCCUCUUCUCCCAUCCUCUCUCCCUCCUCGUCCUCCUCGGCCUCCUCGCCGCGUGGAUGUUCCUCUACCUCUUCCGUCCCUCGGAUCAGGCCUUGAUCGUAUUCGGGAGGACCUUCUCGGAUCGGGAGACUCUUCUUGCUUUGGUUUUGUCGACGAUCGUUGUUGUGUUUAUGACGAGCGUUGGGUCGCUUUUGACGUCUGCGUUGAUGGUUGGGGUCGCGAUUGUUUGCGUUCACGGUGCGUUUGUGGUUCCGGAUGAUUUGUUUAUGGAUGAUCAGGAGCCUGCUAACGCCGGGUUGCUCUCGUUCCUUGGUGGUUCUGCUACCUCCGCUGCUGCUUCGGUUGUCGCGGCGAGAGUUUAAGGUUUCUCUUUGAUCAUUAUUGUUGUUUCAUCUUCUAAUAUGGAAUUUUGAUGUUUUUAAGCACAUGGUCGUCUUUAGCUUUUAUUAUGUUUUGCUCAUUUAGUUUGUAUGAUUUGAACUUGGAAUGUUUCAUGUUUUUGUGGUUUCAACAUAUAUGUUUUGUCGG